UUUCCGUUUUCUUCUGACUGACAAAUUAAAAAGCGGUGUGGGUACUCUUCCAUCGUCCGUUGUGUUUGUUGAGGUGGAAAUGGCAAGAAAAUGUUUGGCAUCAAACGAGCCACACCAACCUUUUUAUAAGUCUUUAAGCCGUUUAUUUGCAAUUUGAUGACUUAUUUUGCAGCUGGAAUGGAAGCGACCGAGUCACGAGCGCACCGGGUACAGAUUGUUGGCCGGUAGUAGAGCGCACAUUCGCCGGGGACAGAAGCACCCGCGACAAACUGGGAUCAAGAGACGGUCCCUUUCCAAAGGCGACGACGUCCAGCAGCAAAGCUGAUGAAUGACCCCAGUUAAGCUGUCAGUCGAGUGCCGGGAUGAUAACCACGUUUUUCCCAGUGAAGAAACUGCGGAGGAAGGGCAAAUGUGUGCUGUUCGGGGCCAUUCUGGUCAUCGCGGCGGUAACCGUUGUGUCCAAAGCGCGGUGGGGAGAAGGCACCGAUGACCAUGGGGGUUGGGGGAGCGCCACGUUUGACCAGAGGGUUGGAGUGGGCCAUGCACUGGAGGAUUCUGGAUUUAUGCCGCAAGCCUGGAAACCAGAGUAUAAAGGCCGGGCCAAUUUGCAUGUGUUUGAGGACUGGUGCGGCAGCUCCACGGACCGGCUACGUCGCAACCUGCACUACCCACUGUACCCUCACUCAAGGACCACAGUGCACAAGCUCGCCGUCUCGCCGCAGUGGACCAACUACGGGCUCCGGAUCUUCGGUUAUUUACAUCCUUACACCGACGGAGAGUUUGUGUUCUCCCUGAGCUCUGACGAUAACUCCGAAUUCUGGCUCAGCACGGAUGAGUCUCCCUCCAAUCUGCGGUUACUCGCAUGGGUUGGAAAGACUGGGUCUGAGUGGACAGCCCCAGGCGAGUUUGAGAAGUAUGCCAGUCAGAUCUCCAAAGCAACUCAGCUUUCUGCUCAUAGGAGAUACUUUUUCGAAGUGAUCCACAAGCAGAAUGACAAAGGCACCGACCACGUGGAAGUGGCUUGGAAGCUGUUGGAUGAGGAUUCCAGGUUUAUGGUCAUCGAGUCCAAGUACAUCUCUCUCUAUGCCAAUGAAUCGGCACUGCUUAUGAACGACGUUGCGCACAUCCCACAGACGGCCGCGAGCCACCGUGAUUCCGUGAAGCGCGACGCCGCCACGAUAGACCUGCUGUGGGAAGACCCCAGAGACGCUCUUCACCAAGUGCCUUUGAUCGACGACAGUUUCCUGCAAGGCAUUCUGCCCAGCUGCGAAUACAAGCCCAGCUACACUAUCAAAGACUACCCCCUCACUCGAUACCAGGGACUCCAGUUUGUCCACAUGUCCUACGUAUAUCCCAACGACUACACUCGACUGACACAUAUGGAAGGAGCGGACAGCUGCUUCUACCCCGAGAAACCCAACCACAUGAAGACGUUUGGAUUUUCUCGAUACAUGAGACUAGAUCGACCUGAUGAGCUGGAAAAGAAAAACACAGCCAGUGACUACGGCUUCAAGAAGAGAAAGUCAAUUCUGGAAGAGGACAACGAGUUUGGCCAGUAUACGUAUCUCGGCCUGAUGGAGGAGGCCGAAGCAGCCAAACAUCGGCAUCAUCCCUCCGACUAUGGGGACGAUUACGAUUAUUACUCCCUGAAACGUCGGCGUAAACAUUUCUCCUUGCCUUUAAACGACUCUAACCACUCCUUGAAGAAGUCACCUUAUGGCAGUCGUGAUAAAGCUGAGAUGGAUCGAGGCGUUGUACGUCAGCAGACGAAAGUAGCUGAGAUGGCUCAUUUGGUGGCAACGCAAAGCUCCCAGCGGCACAAGCGACCAGCGGUGAAACCGGAGGGGCCUGUGAAAAUAGCACCAAAUGUAAAACCAAAACAAAAAUCUGCAAAGGGGCCAAACCUUAAAACAGUGGAAAAACCACAACAGCUCGAGCCCCUCUUAUCCAGAAAGAAGCUUGCUCCAAAGCACAUCCACUCCAAACGGGUGGACAUUAAAAUGAAGAAAGCCCAGAAGAAUAAAAAGUCUCUUCAGCCUACCGACGCCCCAAAGCCGGCUCCCAUUCAGGAUCACAACAAGGAGGAGCGUAGGAGAGAUAGCAGGUGGAGCGACACUUUAUGGGGAGCAGGGGGAGACGAGGACCUCAGCCCGGCACCCGUGUUGGACGCAGACGUGGACUGGAGUCAGACUUUCCAGGUCCUUCACGUGGACCUGCAGGCCAUGCGCCCCGACUGGAUUAACUUGCGCUGCAACAUCUCGGGAAACCUUCUGCUGCGCUCCAGCGACGCGCUGCCCGUCGUCACAGCUUUUAUGGCUCAACUCAACAAGAACCACGGAGACCUCUUCAAACUGGUGCGUGUGGUUAACGUGGAAAAGCAUUUAGAUGGCACCCAGGGCAGCCGCUACCUCCUGGAACUGGAGCUGAAGGACGCCCAGGGCCAACCGCUGCGCCUGUCGCACUACAUCUACACCCCGAUACGCCGUCACACGCGCAGCCAGGACCUGGACUCCCAGCGGUCCAAACCUCAGCUGGUGCUGUGCAACCCAAUCGGCUUCCGCUGGAACCCCGUGGCCAUGAUCCAUUUCAUCGUGCCAGUAAGAAACCAGGCUCGCUGGGUGCAGCGGCUCAUCGACGACAUGGCGGGCUUGUUCAAGGCGACGGGUGACACCAACUUUAACCUCAUCAUCGUUGACUAUAACAGCACCGAUAUGGAUGUGAGAGCAGCCCUCAAGAAGUCCUCCCUGCACAGGUACCAGUAUGUGAAGCUGAGUGGCAACUUUGAGCGCUCCGCUGGUCUCCAAGCAGGCGUCAACCUAAUAGAUGACGACCACAGCAUUGUGUUUCUUUGCGACCUCCACAUCCAUUUCCCUCCCUCCAUCAUGGAUAGCAUUCGGAAACACUGUGUAGAGGGAUUCAUGGCUUUUGCGCCCGUGCUUAUGAGGCUGGACUGCGGGGCAACUCCAUUGGAAGGCAGAGGUUAUUGGGAGGUUCACGGCUUUGGCUUACUGGGCAUCUAUAAGUCUGAUCUGGAUGCGGUGGGAGGAAUGAACACCAAAGAGUUCACCGACCGCUGGGGAGGGGAAGACUGGGAGCUCCUCGACCGGAUACUCCAGGCCGGACUAGAGGUGGAGCGGAUCCACCUGCGCAACUUCUUCCACCACUACCACUCCAAGCGCGGCAUGUGGAACCAUCGCAUGUCAUCCGGUCCAAGCUGACCCAGUCAAAACCUAUCGAGGACCGCUCAGAGCACUUUAACAGCUGAUGCCUCCUGCUUUCCAAUUUUCAUGACUACUAAUCAGCACAACAGCAUGACCAGAGAAUGUCAUCGCCAUGGCGAUGGUACUGAUAACAUCAGAGUUGUUUCCGCUGGAUGUAUGACAGAUGAAGGUACAAGCCAACAUAGGUUCAACUCAGUAUGCAAGAGCAUAAAUGCCGGUGUUGUAGAGUAUGUCGCCGUCGGCAAUAUACUUACUGGACGCAACACUCCAUGGAUAAAUACACAUCAAUGUCUUAAAUCUUUAACGUUAGUCUCAACUGGAAAAGUUGGGUUUGGGGGGGGUCUGUGAAAUGGUCAAUUUUUGUCAGCAGAUGGUGUACGUGAUGAUUUACUGUAAAUUAUGGAAAACUUAACUUAUUGGUGCCUUUUUUUAAAGUGCAUACCUCAAUGUAUCUGUUUGAAGUGUGCACAGCAGUCUUAACAUUUGCUUUAUUCAAAAUAAUAGUACAAUAGUAAUAUUGUGUCGUAUUCGCCAAAGAUGAUCUGGAUGUUAAAAAGUAGGGGUUUCUGUUUAAAAACGGCCAAAAAAAUCAGGACCGGUAGUUUUAUUUCUUUUGGGAAAUGUCGCAAGCAUACAUCAACACUUAAUACAAGUUUCAUUCCCAGUGGAGGAAAAAGUGGCAAUUGCUCCUUUCUGAUAUGAGCUGAGCCAUGUGUUUUCAUGUGUCUGCGUUUUCUGAUUGUACAGAUUUUUUUUUCUGAAUAAA